AUGUCAGUUCCUUGGAAGGACGUGCCAGAGAGUUUCAAGAGUCAUAUCAUGGAUAACUCUAAUAGUCUGAAUAGUAAAAAUAAGGGAAUGACUCCUAAAUUGUCUUCAUAUCCAACAACAGUGGGCACUACCAUCGUUAGCACUAGACCUGGGAAUGGGAAUGGGAAACCAAAAAAUACCACCACCAUAUCAGCAGCACCUACACCAACAACAGAAACCGACGCCAGGAAACCUUCUUCCUCUGGCUCGCUGCGAUUAAAUGCAGACUUUAUAAAACGGUCGUUGAUUCCUAUGAUUUCCACUACUCGAGUAAAUAAUAAAGAUAGAGACCGUGACAGACCUCGAACUGAUCAAACGAUGACUACAAAGGCGUCCAAAACCUCUUCUUCAGCAAAACUGUCGACUAGAUCGACACCAGAAGACUCCCAACCCCAAAAGAAUAUAACGGAACUAUCCAAACGACAAGCGAAAAGAUCUACGCACAUUCGAAGUAAAUCGAACAUUGAAACAGGCAGCGAACCUGCUGCGUCGACCGAACAACCAACAAAAUCCGCAUCGACAUCUAAGUCGACCCCCACGUCGACAUCGACAACUUCAAGAACGGUUAUUUUCAAGAACAUGAACGAUUCAAUCCUGAUCCACGAGUUCCUUAACGCUAUAGACUUUGGACCAAUCGAAUGCUGUCGAAUUCUACGUAAACGUCAAGCCCUGAAAGAUCCCACCACGACCAAGAAGAUACCGUUAAACAUAUGCAAUCUUGCGUUUGUAUCUCCGUACGUCGCUAGUGCCUUUAUGAAAACGUAUCUGGCCCCAAGCAAGCUUAACCAUUUAAAACACAUACUAAAGGACUCCCAGCAAUUGGAGGUAUUCUUAUUCAAUCUGACCACCAUGUCCAAAGACUCUAUCAGUGGCAAGUUUUUAUCGCUGGACGCCUUAAAACCAAAAGUAUUGGAGUACAUCAACGAAUACAACGCCACCAGAUGCAUUCACGUGUCUAUCAAGGCCGUUUCCCUGUUCCCUCGGGAAGAAAUCAUUCGGGAAUUUAAGUUGAAGUCUACCCCGUUUGGCGAUUUCGACGAUUUCACUGUCCUUAAUGAGCAAUACAUAAAAGACAACGAUAAAGUGCUAAACUUGGAGUUUAGAAUUCAUUAUACGUCAAUAGAUUCUGCUAUCAGGGCAUUCGAUUAUUAUUGCUUGCGUAUUGAAGGGAAUGGUGGAACCAUUGCAGACACUCCAAUAGGUCAAACUGUGUAUGCACUUAAUGUUACGUUUGGGUCUGACCGUUGUGAUCGAAGAUCAAAUAUAGAUGCCAAGAACGCGCCAAUGGCUUCUACAACGACUGCUGCUACCACCUCACAAUUUCCCUUGCAUGAUGACGAUUCAGUGUUUGAGUCUGAUCUUAGUCCCAUUCAGCUGAAAGAGUCCUCUUCCCAUAAGGCCACACAGGUUAGAGAAAGUCCUCCGACGUCUGCAUCAGGGUCGAUAUCAACAACAACGGGCCACGGUUUGACGAAAAGAGAGAUGAGUAAGACCACUCGCAGCAAGGAAAGAAUGGAAGAUGAAAGCGACGACCAUGAAGCUAGCACAACAGAAAGUCAGCCUUUAGAGAACAAUCUUAUCUCAAACGACUCCAACAUAGCUUUACUCCAAGGCAAUGACAUGCCUAAAAGCUUUGCCAACUCAGAUGCUGACUUGGACGAUGUCGAUAUUGAGGACAUCUCCACGCCCACGUCCAAUAUCGAAUUAGAAUCUUCGUUCUCGAAACUCCUUAUUGGUAGAAACGGAAGGAACUCGUCAUCAUCGUCUUCUUUGUCGAACGAUCCAUACAUUUCUCGCAUCCAAAAUAAUGCUCAUCCCCAAGCAUUUGAGAAUCCUAAUACGUUUGGAAACUCAUAUCUUCCUCCAUUUCAAAACCAAUUCAACAACUCCAGAUCUCGAUCUUUUUCUGUCAGUUCAGAGAGAAUCAAUAAUUUAUCAUAUUCUCGUUCAGACAAUUCUGCAGUUGCAGCUGCGGCUGCAGCUGCACACGCUGCAGCCGCACAAGCACAAGCUGCUGCGUUGGCAGCAGUUGCUGCAGCAUCUUCAUCCACAUCUCAAGCUCAAAAGAAUGAAUUGGCUGCGCUUGCGAGCUCACUUAAUAAUAGUGCCAAUUUGAAUUACGAAGCCAUAGUUGCCCUUGCCGAACGUAACAACUCCAUGAGUUCUCUAGAAAGUUAUAAUGGACAAAAUAGAACCAUUUAUUUGGGGAAGUUACAUCCUCGAACCACAGUGGAAGAAAUCGCUAAUAACGUUAGAGCUGGUGGACUUGUGGAAUCCAUUCACUAUGUACGAGACCAUGAUAAUUGCUUCAUUAAGUUUAUUGAUCCAAAUGUGGCUCUUGCGUUCCAUGCCAGUCAUCAAUAUUUGCAUAGACUAAUCAUCCACGGCACAGAAGUAGUUGUUGGCUGGGCCAGGAACCAUUCGGGCCCUGUUUCCCGAUCUGUGAUGACUGCCGUUGCCAAUGGAGCUUCGAGGAAUGUUUAUUUGGGAGUUCGCUACAAAGAGAAUGAGAGAUUGGUCGACAAUAAUAAUGACGGUUCCACCCCCUCCAACUCCACGUCCACUGGCUCAGGAACUGUUGUGGAACUUCCUGGAAUCGAUGAGUUACGCUAUGACUUUAUGAAGUUUGGAGAAAUGGAACAAAUUAAUUACUAUCACAAUGGUUCAUGUGUGUUUUUGAACUUUCUCAAUAUAGCCGAUGCCAUUCGAGUUGUUAAGCUCUUUGACACUGAAAACGAGGCCAAAUUAAGCAACGACUACAGACACUUUUAUAACAAGUACAAGUACUUCAAGAUCAGCUUCGGUAAGGAUCGAUGUGCCAACCCCCCCAAGUUUUAUUUUAAACGGGAGCCUCAAGAGGUUGUUCAUAUGGAGAAUGGCGGUCUUUACUCCAAGACCCCUAAAGCUCAGAAGGAUGUUUAUACCAAGGUUUAUCAGAACGGUAAUGCCCCCAAUAGGAGUACUAAUAACGGCAAGGAAUAUAUGACAACUUUCACGCCCUGCAAGAAGAAGAGAAGAGGAACGACGUCUUCUCCUACGGACGACUUCAACGAAGAUAUCAUCAACGAGGAGGCAGCGAUGGUGUUUGGCAUCAUUCAAAGUGAUAAGCGAAGAGAAGAAGAGUUGGCCCGAGAAGUGGAACGUCAAAGACUCUUGCAAGAGGAUGAAACCACGCAGGAAGACACCGUCAAGGACGAUAAGCUGGAAGGACCAGUUGACGAUACCAGUUUCUUUGAUGAUGAAUACGACUACAGUGAAGGCAUCAGAUACGUUGAUGUACUUGAUGUGGAGAAGGAGAUGGAAAGUGCCUUAGAAAUUAAUACCAUUGAAGAGCUUGAUGAAGACAAGACUAUGGAGGAAGCUGAUAAAGACGUUGAGGAUGCGGAUGAAGAAGACGACGAAGACGAGGACGAUGACGAAGACGAUGACGAUGACGUUUCUAUUAUCAUCAGCUCAGCAGAUAGUUCCAUGAUACAAGACAGACCGAACUCGAAUACCCCAUCGUAUGGAAGCCGUCCUUCUUACAACCAUUCUUAUAGUGCACCCAAUGUUAAUGGUAACAUUCCUGAGAAGAAGAACGACUACUACAAUAAUAAUAAUAAUAAUAAUACGGGAUACCAGAGGAAAAGCAGAUACUCAAAGCAUGGCAAUAACAAGCUGUUUAGAAGAAACUAUUCAGUCAAUUCCUUUGAUGGAUAUCAUUGCAAGACUUCUUCAAGAAACCAUUCCGCCACUUCACUUCCUGGUAACUUUGGAAUUGGCAGUGUUCCUCCUUCACCAUAUAUGAACCCUCAGAACCACAUGUAUUACGUUGCAGCCACCAAUCCUGGACUUCACAUGGGGGUUCCUUCGCCCUACAUGCCGUAUGGUUCAGUUUUUAUGCCACCACCGAUGAACUUUGAAUGGUAUUCCAAUGGCCACGGGAAUGAAGACAGCAGAAAUCUGAAUGGAUACCAUCAGGAACCAGGAGGAGAAGAUGGUGAAGAUAAAGAAAAUGGAGAAGAAGGCUUGAGGACCAUUAAUGACGGCUUUGAAGCCAAUGGUAAUGGUAAUGGUCAUGUUGGUACUGGGUACCCAAUGCAUCCACCAGCGUAUUCGUAUGGAUACCUACCUGAAGCGUAUGCCAACACUCCCGGGUCACAAGUGAUGAUGGAGUAUUUGGCCAAGGUUCAACAGCAGAACCAUUCCACCGGCGAAGAAGAUGACUAUAUGAGUUUCUAUCUGAAGUUUGCCAAUAAAGAGAGUGAUAAAUAG